CUUCUUUGAUCCAUGAGUCACAGAGUCGUCGAUUUUGGCAGCCUCCGUAGGAAGUCCUUCCUCGUUGAAGAAAGCUGAGGCAGUGCGGAAGUGAAAGACAAGUUAGUUACACAAAGGACGCGUGAACGGCGUAAACAGAGCACGUUUAAACAGCCAUCCGAUAAAACAAACAGAUUUAACUACAGUAUAUACAGUAUGGCCACUACAGACACGGUGUACAACACCACCACAACAACCGCGCAGGAGCCCAAAUCCAGAAGAUGGUUAAUUGUGCCAUCAGAGAAUCUGGAGAAAAUUCGAUUUGUGAUCAAAGUGAUUGAAGUGCUCCUUUCCUUUGUGGCUUUUGUGAUGGAGGAGGUAGUGUCCAACUGUUUACAGUGUGGACCACUCUACUUCUUUGAAUUUGUCAGUUGCACAGCCUUCCUCUUCACACUGUUGCUCCUCAUUCUCCUGGCAACAACACUGCACCAGAGAGUCGGAAUUGACAGCUGGCCUACUCUGGAUUUUGGAUAUACAGUAGCCAUGGCAUUCCUAUUCCUCAUUGCCAGCACUGUGUUUGCAACAGACAAUGGCAAGACGAGCCUGGAGCAGGGCGCUGUGGCAUUUGGCUUCCUGGCCACGGUGGCCUUCUUUGUUGACUUGAUUUACUUUUGGAAAAUUCGUGGUUUUCCUUGCCGAAAGGGAAACAACCAACCAGCAGACCAAACACCCAGACCAGAGGCUGAGAAACUAAAUUCUAAUGGAACUGACUGAGGCUUGGUAGCGUUUCACCAGCAAACUGCUGUUGUAUUCAAAAGCUUUUUUCCCUUUUGACAAACAAUUUUUUAUACAUGAGAAAUGUUUUUUACCCAAAGCAAAAAAUUUCUUAAAAUUUCCAUUUCAGUCAGUUACUAACUGGCAUGUUGGAUCAGUUUUAUACUGUGCCUUAGCUGUUUUUAUUUUUUUAUUUCACAGCUGAAGUAGAAAUCAUUACUGUAUAGCGGUUUCUCCGUUUGGGGAUUGCAUGUAUUAUAUGUCGAUUGCUAUUUUUACACGGAGAAAAAAAAAUCAUAUUUCCAUUUAGUCAUACUUUUGUAUGAAUACACAAAUGAAGUUGUUGUCCCUUUUGGAGUGUAUGUUCUGCAUCAUCUUAUCUUAUGAAUUAACAAGUACAAUAAGAUGCACUGUAUUUCUAAAGGAAGUACUCAUUCCUGAUGUUUUUAUAGUUAUAUAUGCAUUCCUGAAAUAAUAUAUUUUGGAGAAAAAUCAGGGUUUGAUCAUGCUGAAAAUUACCUAUUUUACGGACCAGGAACAUGGGUAUAAUAUUGGAUACAAGGCUUAAAAAAUCAUGAAAUAUUAUUUUCUCUUAACACUUGGGGACAGGUAAAUAUUGCACUGUAUACACAAAUGUCCUUAAGUCAACUUUACUGUAAACAUUUUUAAAUGAAUGUGACAGCAGGAUGACGGUUUUUUUGUACAGUCAUUGAUUUUUUUUUUUAUUGAAGCAAUCUGUCAUUUUUGUAUUGUGUGGAACGAGAAAUGUUGUAUAUUUUCCUUUGUGCUUUAUCUUGUUCCAUGUGAGCCCAGAAUGUGUUUUUUAAGCAUGUUAAGCGAUGAAGUGCUUUAAAUCUAAAUUCCAAACAGAUGUCUUUAUUCUGAGGAAUGUGCGUGUAGGCCCAAAUGUGUUUGUUUAAAUGCCCGCGGAGAGGAACGGACUGCAAGUUUUCGAGACACUAAUCUGCCUUACGCUUCCACCCUCCUGUGCUGUACAACUGACUGCUGCUUUGUCUUAAUUAAGCUUUGUGUAUAUUUUAAAACCAGAUAUUUUGUUGAUAUAUUGAAAAUAGCCACUUUCUUACUAAUACUUCUUAAGAUAUGAAUAGAUCAUCUAGUUAGUUUUAAUUAUUGCUAAGGGCUUUAUGAUUUUUAAAAUGCAAAAACUAGUGAGUCAGUUUGAAUACCAGCAUUUUUUCUAAAAUGGUCACAUGGAUUUUACAGCUGUUUUUGUUACUUAAUUCCAGUUAAGUAAUAAAUAGCUCCUGGGUCCCGAG